CCAAUGUUGACGCAGGAGUCUGUAAUAUUGUAUGCAGAAAUAAACUCUUGAUGACUCUUCAUAUUAAUUGUCGUUCUAGAUAUUGGUUUUCUUUUCCUUGUUUCUUCUAAGAGUCUAUGGACGCCAUACCGCUUGACAGCAUGCUGCCUGCCACCGGUGUCCGAAAAGGUAAUCGCUACUUCUUUUGAAGUCCCUCCUCUCUCUAUUUUGAAUCUUGGAAAAUGAUGGAUGAAUGAAUGAAAGAACAAAACAACAACAUCCAGACGCAAGUUUGAUAGCUCAUUUCUUUCUCCAUAGAAAAACUGAUUUAUUAUAGACUCACGUUUCUCUUCGAGAUUAGAUAUUUGAUAUUCGUUGUGAAGAUGGACAUUUCUAUAUAGUCUGCCAUAGGCGUUACUCACGCCCGAAGCAGUCGGUCUUUUUAGCUGCCGCGUCUCUACUCGGGUCGCCACGGAACCAGGCAGCUUUCGACGAGUUGCUACGUGGUUCGAAUGAAUGAGUGAAUAUAUAUUUUUUUAUCAAGAACGUUACUGGUACCCACUCGAGUAUAGUUGUUGGUAUUCUAUCUCUUCACAACUCUCUCUAGGUUCUUCUCCGAAUCGGGUGAUGGUACGAACACAUGGCAAUUGUAGUGCCUAUGGAUACACAGCUGAACCGAGGAGACUCGACCAGGCACAGUUCUUUUAAGGCUCUGUCCUGCAGCUAGAACUAAAAAUUUAGGUAAGUAAGUUUAUCCAAUACGAGGACUUCUGCCGUGAAGCGUUGUCCGCAUGUCCUAUCACCUAUACCUAACCCAAGAAUAGUGCUCUGUAAGUUAGUCGGUCGCUUAGAUCACUUUACUCGGCUGAUAUUUCAGUUUAUCGAAUAGUACACGCUCCCGAAGCAUCCCCGGACCCAUCUGCUGUCCCUACCCUCCCGGUACGUAGCUCUAAUUCUUGCACCCUGACCCAUCUACUGCCGUGCAUGACCAUCACUUAUGGAUUUGAAUGAUGAAGGAAUGAACCAAUCAUGGAGGGCUUUUCUUUUCAUUCGAACCCUAACACAUACCUGCUCGAAACCUUGAAAUAAGCGAGUAACAAAAUAAACUGAGAAGGUAUUACUAAUUUUUGUUAUCGCUGCAGUACAGCACGAGGGGAUUGGCGCGGCCGCUUGCCUGGGACACAUGAGUCCUCGAUCGGUUCGUGUCGGGAAGCGAGCUCAGGCGCUUCUCGGAGUGGAGUACUUUAUGCCCGAUCGUGUUAGUACACUACUCAUAUUAAGCCUAGUAGGUAGAACAUGCAAAGAUAGAAACAAGAGACCUAGAACUUUCAACAAUAUUGUGUCCCUCAUAAGACAAUAUUAGUAGGAGAAGUUUCAACAAUAUUAGUAGAAGAUAAGCUCUUGCCUGACCUUUCUUUUUUCGGUUUUUGUUUUUUCUAGUUAGAUAUGCUCCACCAAUUAUAUUGUGUCCCUGAUAGAUAUCCUACGCAGAGUAGUUUAUAGCGCGCAUGGUCAUGGAGCGCAUGGAGCGCAGAGCUUUGAGGGGCGCAAGAAGCUCCCCCUUUAGCUCCAUGCUACUCCAUGUGAUCCAUGCACUCCAUGCCAUGCGAGCUGUGGAACCUUAUAAAUCGCUCUGUCCUAGGUAGGUCUAUCCCACUGUGGCUGGGCUUUAAGAAUAUGCAGCGUCCGUAGUUGAGGGGAAGUGCCUUACAAGUAGAUGUCGCCUCUAUUUUGCUAGCUUGCUGUCUGAGCGAAAUUAAACUGAUCGCCGGCAAUCUCGCAGAGCUCUGCCCGUCGUCUCCAUAUGAAUGCCGCGGUCAGGUGAAGUCACGUCUACCGGCUACUUCUACUACAGGUUAGUUUGUUACAGGUGGUAGCUACCAACACCAAUACCAUCACCCAUCUGUAUCUUAGUUUGUUACAGGUAGCAACACCCACCUUCUAUCUUACAGUUUGUUGAACAGCACCAAUAAAUGUACAAAAUGUGCGAGCAUAGCUCUAACCACAUUGAUUUGGCUCUCACCAUAGCUCUAAAUUACCAGAAAGUGGCGAUCCCAGGACCAUCUUGAUCGAGGACGAAGUGGCUGUAGAUAGGGGUUCCCACAUUACAUUCUUCACUAGCAGCCCUGACUCUCUUUUUAGUAGUUAGUAGUGUAGUAGUAAGUGUAAGUACUUAGUUAGUAGGGCGGAUGCUCUGAGGAUUUUUGUAGUUGAUUUUUCCGUAACUACUUCUAAUGUGGUGGAAGGUGAUGCUUUUAGCUCUUCACCGCGCUCCCGCAGAAAUUGUCGGGCAGCUAUGCCUGCCGAGGUGGCUGCAGGCUAUGGCCGCAAUGCGCGGACGGUGGAUGGCAUCCACGACGCCCAUGUUAAGAAUGCUUGUUCAGCAUGUAUAGCUGGCAAAGACGUGAAGUUGUUCUGCUGAGUAAAAACCUUAAUCUUGUUUCAAUAUUCUACCACGCAAGUAGAGGUCACUAGCGUCCGACCCUAGUAACAAGAUGGUGAUAUUUGAUAACGCAGAAUUAGUGCAUGUCAGUGAAUGACUUUCCUAUUCCCUUUUUGGGGGAGGAUGUUCCUUUUUCUUGUGAAGAAUAGUAUGACACUAGUACACUACACUAAUAUUCAAUACAAGGAACCUUAGUACCGCUAAUCGUGGCAACGCUUGUGGGAGUCCCAAGCGCGUGACGAACACGUAUGCCAGCAGCCUUAUGCUCGGAUGGGGCGAAUGCGAAAAGGGUACCACGAGAGAACACGAACACAAGUGUCACUCGUCUCCUGGCAAGAUGAAGAAUGGGGUGGAGCAGCUGGGUGCGUUCUUUGCAGGUACUGGGUCAGAACAUUCACGAGGACAGAACGGGGUGGCAUCUUUACCCUCAACAGAGCAGCGCACAAAGUACUAUAUCUGAAUUGUUAAAGUUGAUUUUAUGCAUUCUUUUGUUGGAUUUGGAAUUGAUAGAAGUUUCUCAUUCGAUUCUGACAGCAGAUUGACAGGAGAUGGGAAAUGCGCUGAAUUCAUGAAGCAAAUUCAAAUGUAUUCUUGGACUUGUGCAACAUUUUUCUAUUUUGUGAAGCAACUACAAUUUCUACGCAGAACCACUUUUAAGUAAAUGCAUGAAUCACGCAGCACUUUCUUUUUCACCACCUCCAGGACGACAACCGCGGAGCAGCCUUUUGCUGCUGGUAUCACCGGGAAGCCGUGGGCCGCGUCGGAAAGCGCGUUCGCUGCGCACCGACAGUGGCCCGUCGGGGAGCUGUCCUCUGACCACCACCAUCAUCAACGCGUAACACCGUCAACACCCGUUGUAACACCUUCCCGGAGUGAGUCUGCAACUGCAGCACGUGCACCAAUUGUCGCUGGAGGGGUGGCGGCCACCGCAGAAGCCAAAGCCUAUGGCGAGCUGUUCAAAGCGAGAGACACAAGCAGUCUCAACCUAAUAUCCAGUAGUUUCCCAGACAGAAACGAUCAGAAGAACUAUCAGAAGGGCAUGGCCGUAUCUCGCGACAUUGGCAGUGGAAGACGAAUGUUGCUGUAGUUUCUACUAUCCUAGUUAUUCACCGAGAUGAGAAGAAUGACAAUGAUGGAAAAGGAAUACUCCAUCUUUCAGUCUAAUCUUCAUCUUGUUUAGAGUCAUGAUCAUCUUUUUGUUUUCACAUAGAUUUAAAUUAUUUAGAAGCUGUUUGGUGGGAUCUCGAUUUUCUCUUCGAAUUUAGAUAAAUUUAGAUUUUCAUUUUCAUUCAAAAAAAUAGAGUCUUCAUCGAAAGAAUAAUUUGCAUCAUGGCUUAGUUGGAGGUUCGUAUUAAACAAUUAUAAUCUAUCAUUAACAAACUGAGAGGCAAUGAAAUGGGAGACGAGAGAGUUUCUUUGAUUUUUAUUUGGAGUUUGACAAUGAAUAGCUUGGUGCCUUUCCUCAUGUUCGAGAUCUAGAGCGUCUUCAUCAUAGAGUCACUGCAUUUGUACAGAGAAGUCGCCACGUAUUAUCAUGUGCAUAGACUCACUGCAUAGUACUCAACACGUAUUAUCAUGUAAUAGACGAUACUAGUACUACACCGGCAUCUUUUGAGAGACUCACGCAACGUUUUUGGUUUUCUUGGUAAGAGCAGACGAGAGCAUAGUGUUUCCAAUGCGAAUAAAAUAUUGGGUAUGAAUAUAUAAUGAAACUUGGCUAUUAGCUGACCACUUGAAACGCAUGGGAACAAACGUAGCGGUCACGGUGAUGUCAAUGCAUUGCCAAUCUCAUUGCCCUUGGACGAAUUGCUACUGCGCGGCGCGCCUGUCUCUUCGUGCAUGUGCUUAAAAUGUCAUGCCCUUUGUCCCUAUUAAGCCGCCUCAGCGAAAA